AUGGAGAAUAAGCGAGAUUCUAGGGCCAAAUACCUCUACAAGCUGGCACAUGCACCUGUCCCGUCAAAGGAGUUGCAUUCCAAGAUCUCAGAACGACUGUUGAAAACACUCUUGAACCCGACCUCAACUGCACACAGAGAUGAUACGGUAGCGCAAGCACAGAGAAAUGAAACGGCAAAAAACUCAAGGACUCAAUUCUGUGAAUCGUGUCGAAGCAGAUUCAUUUUUGGUUUGAACACCAAGGUGCGAGUAGAGAUGGUUAAGAGAGAGCUCAGCAAGAAAAGAGAUAGAAGACUGGUUUAUCGGUGUUUACGAUGUGGCCACAAAACCGAGUUCAAACACGAGUUGCUACAGAGUAAGCUCAAGACAGAAGAGCUGAAGUCAGUCCCACUUUCACAGAGCUCGAGCUGGUCGACUUUGGUGACUUCCAAGCUGGAAACAGAGGAGAAGACAGGCAGUUCUUCUAAAAGCAGGGCAAAAAAAAGGAAGCAGAUGGGAAGCUUGAGCAACAUGUUGAACAUGAAGAAGGCUAAGGAGAAAGAUAGGCCCGCAGAGUUGGACUUGUUUGGAUUUAUGAAGAAAUAA